UGAUCAGCAUACAGCUCCAAAACAGCAACUUUAAAUAGAUGCUUAAAUAAAGUAAGGCUAGAAGACAGAAGAAAAAAUAGUACCUAUAUAUGAAGGGACAUUUUUUUUGUAACUGAAAUUAGUUAGCUUCUUAUAUCGUAUUAAAUGGCGUUAGUGAAAAUCGAUCCGCCGACACUUUCUCAAGCACACCCCGAGAGUAUGGAUUUUCUUUCGAAUUCUUGGUGCAAUUUUGCAGUUCAAGCUUUGCAACCCGAGACAUACGAUAAUCAUCAAUCGCUUGUUCUUCAAGAAAGUCCGGUUAAGGUAUUCGAGCAUGAUCCUAGUACUCCCUAUGUGAACAUGCAGCAUAUGGACAAGAGUGCAAAGUUGGGCGAUGGAGAUACGUUUGCGCCUCCUUGGAAAUCGAACGAUAUAAAGUCAUGGAUAUGGAUGCAGCAAGCGAUGCAUCCGGAAGUGAAUUAUAACAGCUACUUCAAAAGGAAAUGGAUGACGUGGAAAAUGGCCCCAUUCAAACAAGUGUCAAUAAAAAAAUGGGUGAAGGAAAUAAAACAGAGGCGAAAAGACGAGCAGAGGCUGCAGAACGCGGAAGUGCACGCAGCAAUAUCGGUGGCCGGAGUUGCGGCUGCGCUGGCGGCAAUAGCAGCAGAAAACUCGAAACACGACACUAAUAAGGAAUCUGCCGUUGCUUCGGCUGCCGCCUUGGUGGCGGCGCAAUGCGCAAAGGUGGCGGAGGCUAUGGGGGCGAAGAGGGAGCAGCUCAGGGGUGUGAUAGGCUCCGCCAUAAGUAGCACGAACGCCGGUGAGAUAGUUGCGCUGACGGCUGCCGCCUCCACAUCAAUAAGAGGAGCUGAUACUCUAAAAGCCAGAGGAGGUUACAAGAACAGAAUAAACGGAAGCUCUCCAGUGCUGCCGAUUGAAGAUAAUAACGAAAUCGAUUUCAAUUUCGAUAAAUGCAGAUCGAUUUUGGCCAAAGGUGCAGAGCUCAAUAUCGAGACAAAAGACGGUAGGUAUUUGCUGAGGUUAGUCACAAUCAUCCUUAAUCACGAGGGAAAGGUUGUUCUCAAGUUGAAGAAACUCAACAUGCUAAAUGCUUUCACAAGACAAAAAGAAAGUACUGUAAUCGACUUGCACGCUGAGAUAUAUAAAGAUUCGGAAGGUGGGAAAAUCGAGACAGGCUAUCUAAUUGUACUAAAAACAGACAAGGGAAUAACGAAGCUGGACAUGAUGAACGAUUAUCACAAGUACAAGACAUGGUCGAUGACUAUAAAUCACAUGCUAAUUCUCUCUGCUACGUAUACGAAAUACGAGCUGCAAUUCUACAAAAGUUGAAGCAUAUAGAGUGCGAAUUCAUUGUUUAUGGCGUUUAUGAAAUUGUUUGUCAUUUGUUUCCGAGACAUCGUUAAUAAUUUGUAACGUAGUGGUGGUUUUGCUGCAA